AUGCGCGCGCCGAGGCCGCUGAAGGGUGGGUUAUUCGCGAAUCCCGAGCUCGUGUAUCACGAUGAGUCGGGGAGGAAGGCGAAUCUGUUGACGCACGAGUUCGGGGAGGACAUCGCGGCGAAGCUCGGGACGAGAGCCGCGUUUCAUCAAACGUGCGUCUGUCGCCUGGACGCCAAGGGCGACGACGGCGAAGACGCGUGGAUCGAGGUCGACAUCGCGGGACCGGCGUUGGAUAACUACGAAUUUUCCCCUGGCGGCGUCCCGCUGUGCUGUGCGCCCGUGAGCGCCGCCGAGAGAGAAGGAUGGACGUCGACGGUCGAAGAGCUCGUCGACGCGUGCAGCGAGGACGAGCUCGCGCUCGCUCGAGAUUUCGCCGAUCGCGCCUACGCGUUCCUCCAAUCCUAA